GAGGACAAAUCACGGGACGCUCUGCAAGGACAAUUACACCUAUUAGUCCGCAUGGUUAUGAAUUUGUACAGCAAUAAAAGCAGGUCCUUUAUUUCAAAGUAUAAUGGCAAAAGAAAAACUUUCCUCACCAUAUUAUGUAUAUGGUGGACAUUGUGUGGAGGAACUGAUGCUUCAACAACCACAACUGUUGCUCCAACAACCACAACAGUUGAUCCAACCACCACCACAGAUGCUCCAACCACCACCACAGUUGCUCAAACAACCACAACUGUUGCUCCAACAACCACAACUGUUGCUCCAACAACCACAACUGCUGCUCUAACGACCACAACUGUUGCCCCAACCACCACAGUUGCUCCAACAACCACAACUGCUACUCCAACGACCACAACAGUUGCCCCAACAACCACAGUUGCUCCAACGACGACAACUGUUGCUCCAACAACCACAACUGUUGCUCCAACCACCACCACAGUUGCUCCAACCACCACCACAGUUGCUCAAACAACCACAACUGCUUCUCCAACGACCACAACAGUUGCCCCAACCACCACAGUUGCUCCAACAACGACAACUGUUGCUCCAACAACCACCACGGUUGCUCCAACCACCACCACAGUUGUUCCAACAACCACAACUGUUGCUCCAACGACCACAACUGUUGCUCCAACACCCACAACUGUUACACCAACGACCACCACAGUUGCUCCAACGACCACAACUGUUGCUCCAACGACCACAACUGUUGCACCAACGACCACAACUGUUGCACUAACAACCACCACAGUUGCUCCAACAACCACAACUGCUGCUCCAAGGACUACAACAGUUGCCCCAACCACAACUGUUGCUCCAACGACCACAACUGUUGCACCAACAACCACAACAGUUGCCCCAACCACCACACUUGCUCUCACAACCACAACUGCUGCUCCAAGGACUACAACAGUUGCCCCAACCACAACUGUUGCUCCAACGACCACAACUGUUGCACCAACGACCACAACAGUUUCCCCAACCACCACACUUGCUCUCACAACCACAACUGUUGCUCCAACGACCACAACUGCUGCUCCAACGACUACAACUGUUGCUCCAACGACCACAACUGUUGCACCAACAACCACAACUGUUGAACCAACGACCACCACAGUUGCUCCAACGACCACAACUGUUGCUCCAACAACCACAACUGCUGCUCCAACGACUACAACAGUUGCCCCAACCACAACUGUUGCUCCAACGACCACAACUGUUUCUCCAACAACGACAACUGUUGCUCCAACAACCACAACUGCUGCUCCAACAACCACCACAGUUGCUCCAACCACCACCACAGUUGCUCCAACCACCACCACAGUUGCUCAAACAACCACAACUGUUGCUCCAACAACUACAACUGUUGCUCCAACGACCACAACUGUUGCUCCAACAACCACAACUGCUGCUCCAACGACCACAACUGUUGCACCAACGACCACAACUGUUGCUCCAACGACCACAACUGUUACUCUAACGACCACUACUGUUCCUCCAACGACCACAACUGUUGCUCCAACAACUACAACUGCUGCUCCAACGACCACAACCGUUGCUCCAACAACCACCACGGCUGCUCCAACCACCACCACAGUUGUUCCAACGACCACAACUGUUGCUCCAACGACCACAACUGUUGCUCCAACAACCACAACUGCUGCUCCAAUGACCACAACAGUUGCCCCACCAACAACCACAACUGCUGCUCCAACGACUUCAACAGUUGCCCCAACCACAACUGUUGCUCCAACGACCACAACUGUUGCACAAACGACCACAACUGUUGCACCAACGACCACCACAGUUGCUCCAACGACCACAACUGUUGCUCCAACAACCACAACUGCUGCUCCACCGACUACAACAGUUGCUCCAACCACCACCAAAGUUGCUCCAACGACCACAACUGUUGCUCCAACAACGACAACUGUUUCUCCAACAACCACAACUGCUGCUCCAACCACCACCACAGUUGCUCCCACCACCACCACAUUUGCUUCAACCACCACCACAGUUGCUCAAACAACCACAACAGUUGUUCCAACAACUACAACUGCUGCUCCAACGAUCACAACCGUUGCUCCAACAACCACCAAGGCUGCUCAAACCAUCACCACAGUUGUUCCAACGACCACAACUGUUGCUCCAACGACCACAACUGUUGUUCCAACAACCACAACUGCUGCUCCAACGACCACAACAGUUGCCCCAACCACCACAGUUGCUCCAACAACGACCACUGUUGCUCCAACAACCACCAUGGUGGCUCCAACCACCACCACAGUUGCUCCAACAACUACAACUGUUGCUCCAACGACCACAACUGUAGCACCAAUGACCACAACAGUUCCUCCAACAACCACAAAUGUUGCUCCAACGACCACAACAGUUGCCCCAACCACCACAGUUGCUCCAACGACGACAACUGUUGCUCCAACAACCACCACGGCUGCUCCAACCACCACCACAGUUGUUCCAACGACCACAACUGUUGCUCCAACGACCACAACUGUUGCUCCAACAACCACAACUGCUGCUCCAACGACCACAACAGUUGCCCCAACCACCACAGUUGCUCCAACAACGACAACUGUUGCUCCAACAACCACCACGGUUGCUCCAAGCACCACCACAGUUGCUCCAACGACUACAACUGUUGCUCCAACAACCACAACUGUUGCACCAACGACCACAACUGUUGCACCAACGACCACCACAGAUGCUCCAACGACCACAACUGUUGCUCCAACAACCACAACUGCUGCUCCAACGACCACAACAGUUGCCCCAACCACCACAGUUGCUCCAACAACGACAACUGUUGCUCCAACAACCACCACGGUUGCUCCAAGCACCACCACAGUUGCUCCAACGACUACAACUGUUGCUCCAACAACCACAACUGUUGCACCAACGACCACAACUGUUGCACCAACGACCACCACAGAUGCUCCAACGACCACAACUGUUGCUCCAACGACCACAACUGUAGCACCAAUGACCACAACAGUUCCUCCAACAACCACAACUGUUGCUCCAACGACCACAACAGUUGCCCCAACCACCACAGUUGCUCCAACGACGACAACUGUUGCUCCAACAACCACCACGGCUGCUCCAACCACCACCACAGUUGUUCCAACGACCACAACUGUUGCUCCAACAACCACAACUGCUGCUCCAACGACCACAACAGUUGCCACAAUCACCACAGUUGCUCCAACAACGACAACUGUUGCUCCAACAACCACCACGGUUGCUCCAACAACCACCACGGUUGCUCCAACAACCACCACGGUUGCUCCAAGCACCACCAUUGCCCCAACCACCACAGUUGCUCCAACCACCAUCACAGUUGCUCCAACGACCACAACUGUUGCUCUUACAAGGACAACUGUUGCCCCAACAACCACAACUGCUGCUCCAACCACCGCCACAGUUGUUUCAACCACCACCACAGUUGCUCCAACCACCACCACAGUUGCUCAAACAACCACAACUGCUGCUCCAACGACCACAACCGUUGCUCCAACAACCACCACGGUUGCUCCAACCACCACCACAGUUGUUCCAACCACCAAAAUUGCUCCAACAACGACCACUGUUGCUCCAACAACCACCAUGGUUGCUCCAACCACCACCACAGUUGCUCUAACCACCACCACAGUUGCUCCAACCACCACCAAUGUUGCUCAAGCAAACACAACUGUUGCUCCAACGACCACAACUGUUGCUCUAACAACCACUACUGUUGCUCCAACAACCACCACAACCACAACAGUUGCUCCUACCACCACCACAGUUGCUCCAACCACCACCACAGUUGCUCCAACCACCACCACAGUUGCUCCAACCACCACCAAUGUUGCUCAAGCAACCACAACUGUUGCUCCAACAACCACGACUGCUGCUCCAACGACCACAACCGUUGCCCCAACCACCACAGUUGCUCCAACAACCACAACUGCUGCUCCAACCACCACCACAGUUGCUCCAACCACCACCACUGUUGCUCAAGCAACCACAACUGUUGCUCCAACAACCACAACUGCUGCUCCAACAACCACAACCGUUGCCCCAACCACCGCAGUUGCUCCAACAACCACAACUGCUGCUCCAACGACCACAACAGUUGCCCCAACCACCACAUUGCUCCAACCACCACCACAGUUGCUCCAACCACCACCACAGUUGCUCCAACCACCACCACUGUUGCUCAAGCAACCACUACUGUUGCUCCAACAACCACAACUGCUGCUCUAA